GUCUUUAUCGUUUUCCAGGUACUGUGUUAUUUCUAUUGUAAUCUUCAUUCCAUAAUACAUUGUCCCUAUUUUCUAUGUAAAACUUUCCAAGUUUCACAUAUUCAGUGCAAUAAUUUGCAAUCAGUUGCACUCACCGGUUAUUCAUAUUCAAACGUAUCGCGCACAUUCAUACGUAUAACUUAUGUUAUAUCUCAGUAAUGGCGCUGCAUUCAUAUAACCUUUAUAUAAGACUGUUCAGCAAUAAAAUCGUCUGCUAGUAGCGUGACGGCACGUGGAAUUGUCCUCUCUACGGUAUUAAAGUGUUACCCUUUGCGUUAAUACUAUAAUACUAAAUUCAUAUUGAGAAAAGUGGGAGAAUUAAAAUUAGUAUAAAUUAUUUCCGGUAGACUGUGUAUUUUUAAAGUGAGAUUACUUGUUCCCGGUUGACAUGAAUGUGAAUCUUUAAACCAACAUGAAGUGGAUGAAGAUCUCAUUGAUUUUGUGCAUUUUCGGUUUCCUCAAGGAAUUUCGGCCUUCGGAACCUUUUGUGACAGACUAUUUAACGGGACCCUGCAAGAAUUUCACUGCGGCACAAGUGAAUCAAGACAUAUAUCCAGUGGGAACCUAUUCUUAUCUCGCGACUUUAGUUAUCAUCUUCCUAAUUACUGAUUUUGCGCGUUAUAAACCUGUUAUUAUUUUAUGUGGUCUGUCUGGUUCUGUUACUUAUCUUAUGAUAAUAUUAGUUCAAACCAUUCUUGAGAUGCAAUUUUUGGAGUUUUUUUAUGGAAUAUUUUUAUCCACUGAAGUUGCUUAUUAUACUUAUAUAUAUGCAAAAGUUGAUAAGGAACAUUAUCAAGAAGUUACUGGACAUACAAGAUCAGCAUUCCUGCUUGGUCGGUUUUUAGCUGGUACUACUGGGCAAUUGACUACGUCUUUUAAUCUUUUAGAUUAUCACCAGCUGAAUUAUAUUACUUUAGGAGCACUUACUUUUGCAACUUUAUGGGCAUUUUUCUUGCCUUCCGUUGGUCAAUCAAUAUACUUUCAUCAAGCUAAGUUAAACGAUGUGCAAGCACCAUCCUGUCUAACGUUUAGUGAUGCCCAAUCGAUGCAGGAUAAUACUCAGUCAUUUAUUUCUUCACAAAACAUACCAAUUGACGUAUUAUGUCGUAGUCCGUCUCUAGGAUUAAAAAUAAAACAUGCAUAUAUCCUAUUAUGGAAACAUAUGAUAGAAGCAUAUACAAAUCUGACUGUGAUUAAAUGGUCUCUCUGGUGGGCUUUUGCAACCUGCGGCUACUUACAAGUCAUCAGUUACACACAAUUGAUAUGGCAAGAUACAGUUGCUGAUGGAGACAAUAUUUAUAAUGGUGCUGUGGAAGCACUAUAUACUAUUAUAGGUGCUGCUACAGUAUUUGGUGUUGGAAAAUUGCAGCUAAAUUGGCCACUUGUUGGAGAAGCAAUGUUAUCAAUAUUUUCGUUUAUAGAAGGCAUACUAUUACUAUUAAUUGCUUGUACUUACAAUAUCUGGCUUUCAUACACUGUAUAUAUUUUGUUUGGUGUUAUCUAUCACACUAUUGUCACUGUUGCCAGUUUCCAAGUUGUCAAGCAUUUGUUGGAGGAUAGCUAUGGUCUGAUAUUUGGCAUAAAUACUUUGAUCGCAUUGUUACUUCAAAGUCUACUUACAUACAUAGUGAUUAGUGGAAGUAUAUUCGAAUUGAAUAUUAGAUCUCAGUACUUUGUAUAUAGCGGAUAUUUUAUUGUACUGGGCAUUGUAUUCAUGAUAAUGUCCAUCUACACCAUUGUAAAAAAAUGUCAGAGUGGUCAAGAUUUACAGUUGUGGGUGAGAAAUGAAAAUCUUUUGUCCAAUGCUAAAAGCGAAAUCAACACGAAGACAGCGCAAAGCGCAGUAGUAUGCUGAGUCGUCUUCCUAUUCUAAUUCUCUAGUUAUACAAUUACCUUAUUAACUGAGUUUCCAGAUCUACGUAUAUUACAGAUGUAUAUACGAAUACGUACAGUCCUUUAUAUGAAUUUAGCUCGAAGUUAUUAUUUUGGUUAUAAUUAAUAAACCGAACUAUGAAGAUCGAAGUACGUACUUAACAAGAGAUUAGAAAAAUAUUUCAUUGAUAAUUACUACAAUUAAAUCAUACUCUGCAUCCAAGUGAUUUCAAUUCCAUAAUAUCAGAGUUAUCUAACACAUAGUAAUUCAUAGCUUUCUUCAUUAUAUGUAUAUGUAUACAACAUAUAGGUAUCUGAAUAUUGAAAUUAUAAGUUCAUCGAUAACUCAUAGUUAUUAACUUCAUUCGAUGCAGGUACUUAUUAGGAAAAUGUUAUUUUAUACCCACUAACGUUCAGAUUUCUUGUACGCAAUACUAUGCACAAUGUAAGAAUAAGAAAUCGUCAUUAACAGGGUAUAUUGUGAAUAUUAAGAAUUACUCUUGUAGUACUAUAGAUAGAUAAUUUUUUCCAUCUUCGAAUUGUACAGUAUUAAAAUAAGAAUUUACUACAAUUUGAUGCAUGCACACGUAUUAUGUAUGCAACAACUUAUUUUUUAUACAAAAAUAUUUGUUCCUAAUAAAUUGUUAUUAUUGUU